AUGACCACCCUGUGGACUCUCUCUCUGCUGCUCUCUGCCUUCCUGUUUGGGCCUUCGUGUUCGGCCCCGGCGAAGCCCCACAACCUGCCCCCCUUGCAGGGCUUCAACAACAGCAAUGGCAGCCUGUCCGUGGAUCUACCCAUGGCCCUCAGGGUGUUCAGCGUGGACUAUCACCAUGUGCAGGCUCCCUUUGAGAUUGUGCUGUGGAUCAUGCUGGCCUCACUGGCCAAGCUGGGUUUCCACUGGUCCGGUCGAGUGCCAGCAGUGGUGCCAGAGAGCUGUCUCCUCAUCAUGGUGGGGCUCCUGGUCGGAGGGGUGAUCUACGGCGUCCGCCACUCCGCUCCCCCAACUCUCAGCGCUGAUGCUUUUUUCCUUUAUCUGCUUCCGCCCAUCGUCCUGGACGCAGGGUACUUCCUGCCAGGGAGGCUGUUCUUUGAGAACCUCGGCACCAUCCUCUGGUACGCGGUGCUGGGAACCCUGUGGAACGUGUUGGGCAUCGGCCUGUCCCUGUACGGCGUGUGCCUGCUGGCCCCCGGCUCCCUGGGAGACAUCUCACUGCUCCACUGCCUGCUGUUCGGCUCUCUGAUCGCCGCCGUCGACCCCGUGGCCGUGCUCUCGGUCUUCCAAGAGAUGCGCGUGAACGAACAGCUCCACGUCUUGGUGUUCGGAGAGUCGCUGCUCAACGACGCCGUCACUGUGGUGCUCUACAAGCUGUUUGAGUCUUUCCUUCGCAUGCCAUCAGUGUCGGGGCUGGAUGUGUUGCUGGGGGGCUGCAGGGUAUUGGUGGUGGGCCUGGGGGGCCUGUUUGUGGGCCUCUUCUUCGGCCUGAUAGCGGCCCUCACCUCAAGGUUCACCUCCGGCGCACAGGUCAUUGCCCCGCUCUUUGUGUUCCUUUACUCCUACUUGUCCUACCUGACUUCGGAGAUGCUUCACCUUUCCGGGAUUAUGGCCAUUGUUACCUGCGCUGUGACGAUGAAGCAGUAUGUGGAGGCCAACGUGUCGGAGCGCAGCAACACCAGCAUCCAGUACUUCCUGAAGAUGUGGAGCAGCGUCAGUGAGACCCUCAUCUUCAUCUUCCUGGGUGUGUCCACGAUACAGGAAGUCCACAUGUGGAGCUGGCCCUUCGUCUGCUCCGCGCUGCUGCUCUGCCUCGUCUGGAGGGCCUCAGGUGUUCUCCUGCUGACCGCCGUGGUGAACAAGCUCCGGAGGAACACCGUGACCUUCCGAGAUCAGUUCAUCAUUGCCUACGGAGGCAUAAGAGGGGCAAUCUGCUUUUCCCUCGUCUUCCUGAUCGACGACUUCCCAAAGAAAAGACUCUUCAUCACCACCACCAUUGUGGUCAUCCUCUUCACUGUCUUUGUGCAGGGGAUGACUAUUAAGCCUCUAGUAGAGCUGCUGGAUGUGAAGAAGGAGAAGAGAGCUUUGCCUUCUGUGAGCGAGGAGAUCCACAGCAGGUUCAUUGAUCACCUGCUGGCAGGAAUAGAGGAUGUGGUCGGCUACUGGGGGCAGCACUACUGGAAAGAGAAGUUUGAGAAAUUCAAUGUGAAGUACCUUCGGCGUAUCCUGAUCCGUGAGGACCACCGGGCUCGCUCCAGCAUCCUCAGAGUUUACCAGGAGCUGGAGAGACAGGAGCAGAGGGGAGACGACGAGGCCCCACCACUGUGAGAACACACAUUUUUCCCUUUAUCUCGCGGCCGUCCCCUCCUACCAGAGGAGAUGGAAAGCAUCAGGUGUAUUCUCUCCAGAAACCUACAAAACUUCACCAACAAGCAGACACCAGCGUACAGCAGACACACUUUGCACCAGGACGCCAGCCCGGGCCACACAAGGAAGCCCCUUUACAGGCAAUGGAAGAGCCUGGAAGAGAGAAGCUCAAAUAAUGCACAGAAUCUUCCGCUGUGACAGGGGGAGGACGGAGAGUUCAACGACUCUCGCAGAGCGAGAUCAGGACUCAGCAGGUCUCACACAGUGUGCUCCGCGAGCCCGGGGCGCGUCCUCCUGGACUCGCCGGACCCGGCAGCUCCACCCCAGAGCCGAGGGCCCGCGAAUCCGCAGUCGGCCUCUGCCGGAGGGGAGAGCGUCCCCCCGCAACAUCCAGCACGUAUGGGAGGGACGCCAAAGAAAAAACUUGUCUUUGUACUGGAGGGCGAGAAGCAGCAGUAAAGACAGACUGUGAGAAGGAGUGAGAAGGAGCAGAAAUGCAAACCGGUGAAUUCAGGGGCUCAUAUGCAGAGUGUU